CAGUAUAACCCCAAGCGUUUCGCUGCUGUUAUCAUGCGUAUCCGCGAGCCCAAAACGACCGCCCUCAUCUUCGCGAGUGGCAAGAUGGUUGUGACUGGUGCCAAGUCGGAGGAUGACUCCAAGCUUGCGUCGCGCAAGUACGCCCGAAUCAUCCAGAAGCUCGGUUUCAACGCCAAGUUUACGGACUUCAAGAUCCAGAACAUUGUCGGAUCUUGCGACAUCAAGUUCCCUAUUCGUCUGGAGGGCCUUGCGUCCAAGCAUCACAACUUCAGCUCAUACGAGCCUGAACUCUUCCCUGGUCUCAUCUACCGCAUGAUCAAACCCAAAAUUGUCCUCCUCAUUUUCGUGAGCGGCAAGAUCGUCCUCACCGGCGCCAAGGUCCGCGAGGAAAUCUACCAAGCGUUUGAGAUGAUCUACCCCGUGCUGCAAGAUUUCCGCAAGGUCUGAGCCUGCGGGACUUGGCCAAUGCCGGCGGCGGAUUUCCUCACCCCGCCAUACUCAUCGACGUACCUACUCCGACUUGUAUACUACACCCCACCAAACCUUCCGGUCAUGAUUUGACGACAAAAAUCAUACCCCAACCAAAAGCUCGGCCAAUAACGCUCAUAGAGCUAGCGUUACGCGGUCAUGUGUAUCAUUGUUUGCGACUUUUUUUCACCCAGCAUUGCACCGGCGUUCGGGCGGAGGACUCUUGAACGAGAGGCUUACCAAGUUUUCUUCUUUUUCACC